AUGAACGAAGAAACUACUCAUGAGUUCCAGUGGGAAGAGGAGAAUGUAGACAACUACGAUGCUCCUCUUCACAAUCUCGUCAUUGAUUUUUUUGAAGAUGUAGGCUUGCCGUUCGCGACCGUGGAAAAUCCUAAGUUCCAAGAACUCAUAAAAUAUCUGAAUCCAGUCGUCACUCCUCCAACGAUUAAUUCAAUAAUGUACACCGCAACAAAUACUCACGAACUAGAAGCCAUUCCCGUAUCCGACAAUGAAGUAGUCGUAGUACCUCCACUUAAUCUGGCAGAAUUCCCGUCUACUGUUGAUAUUGUCAAGUAUUUGAAUGGAAUCACGAUCAGUGGAGGCACAAGUUACGUUUGUAUUGUAUGUUUGAAAAAGAAUGAUUGGAGCAAAGUGCGAAGAUUGGAUCGCAACGAAAAUCUGAUCUUCCUCUACGUCUGUGUCGCUGUAGGACUCUAUUCACUGGACAUUGCUCAGAAGAUGUAUACGAUGCCUAAACCUCUCAGAUGUUGUUCCGAUCAUUAUUCCCAUGUUGUUGAAGCUCUCAUGAAAAAACUAAAUGUAACAACUGUGGAUGAUAUUGUUACUUGCAAUGAAAAGCAAGUUACAGAUUCUUAUCUUAUUUGGAAGAAGAUAAAGAAUCCAGAUUUUAUGGAAAAUCAGCAGUCGCAGAAGGAAAUUCUAAGCGGACUUGGAUCAUUCAGAUAUACUUUGAGGUGUUUCUCCAAGAAACACUUUCUUCCACCCGUUGAUAUGCAAGGUUUUCACAUGCCUAGAGAAUCAAAUGAAACUGUUUCAGAGUUUCUAUCAGAUCAAAACUCUCCGCCGAAAGUUAGACGUGUGGAACAGUCCGGAAUCUACGGAAAUCCUAGGCCUGGAGAAGAAACAUUCCCCGACGAUUUCUUGGUAACCGACUGA